AUGAUGAGCCAGGCCCGCCUGCGGCACCUCGCCGUCCACAACUGGUCGACAUUCCGCCGACAGCCAUGGAACGAGAUCUCGGGCUCUCUGGGUGACCUGGGCACGUUCCUACCGAUUGUCAUUGCCUUGACCGAAGGCCACCAAAUUUCCUUGACGACUACCCUCAUCUUGACCGGUCUGUACAACAUCCUCACCGGUGCCUGCUUCGGGAUCCCGCUGCCGGUCCAGCCGAUGAAAGCGAUCGCAGCCGUCGCGAUUCUCAAAUCCCUGACGGCCGGGGAGACGGCAGCAGCCGGAAUCUUCGUCUCGAGCUGCAUUCUGCUCUUCAGCGUGACAGGCCUCCUGUCGUGGUUCACAAAGGUCAUUCCGAUCCCCGUGGUGAAAGGAAUCCAGGUCGGCGCCGGGUUGAGUUUGACCAUCGCUGCGGGCACCAAAGCACUCUCGUCCCUGUCAUGGGCGACGCCGUCCUGGGCGGACAACUACCAAUGGAUGAUAGUGGCCUUCGUUGCCCUUUUUGCCAUCAAUCUCCGCCCACGAACGCCGUAUGCCCUGAUCCUGUUCCUCGUCGGCGUGGUGUUCGCGUUGAUCCAAAUUACGGCCCAUGACAAGCACCAUCUUCCAGGAUUCCAGAUUUGGCGUCCGUACACUCGAGCACCGUCGGGAAGCGAGUGGAAGACAGGAAUACUCGACGCUGGUAUUGGCCAACUACCGCUAACUACGCUCAACUCCAUCAUCGCCGUCACCCACCUAGCCGCUGAUCUCCUGCCCGACAUUGAAACUCCUUCCGUUACGGCAAUUGGCAUCAGUGUUGCAGGCAUGAAUCUCUUCGGAUGCUGGUUCGGGGCUAUGCCCGUGUGCCAUGGUUCCGGAGGAUUGGCGGCCCAAUAUCGGUUUGGCGCUCGCUCGGGUGCCAGCAUCAUAUUCCUUGGGCUCCUCAAGCUCCUACUGGGCAUCCUGUUUGGCGAAAGCCUUACCGACGUCCUCCAUCGAUUCCCUCUGGCCUUCCUUUCGGUCAUGAUCAUCGCAGCCGGACUGGAACUUGCCAGUGUUGGAGAAAGUCUAAACACGCGCCGCGCUCGAGACCUGAGCAAGGAAGGCUCCGGCGUGAGACGCACGGAAAUCACGGACGAAGAGAAGAAGCAGAGAUGGACAGUGAUGCUCGUGACGGCUGGUCUGCUGAUUGCGUUCAAGAACGACGCCAUCGGCUUCGCCGCCGGCAUGUGCUGCCAUUGGAGCUUUCAACUGUCCAGCUAUCUAACGCAAAGAGCAACAAGAAGACGACACAUUGAGACUCCCGAAGAUGCUGAAGAGAGCGCGAACCUCCUCCCAUGA